CGCCAUGCUGCUGUGAGGACAUGCUACGGAUCUGGAUAUCGAUUCGGUUAUGCAGGAGAAGCAUGCUCUCGUCUAGAUGCAUGCAACGCUCGAUUAGAUUUCUACAAAGUACAACCUGGUUCGUAUCUGCGUUCUUGUCACACGAUGUGUUGGCUUCGUACGCGCCCAUUCCUCCGUACUCGAAUGCACCCGGGAUCCAGUCCGUGACGUGACAGCAAUAACAGAGUGACAUCUAUCGGCCCGAGUGAUCGGUCUCCUGCUUUUGACCACCACGCUCCGCGCAACAUGAACAUCAGACUAGCUACGGCAGAUGAUCUGCUCGCGAUGCAAGCUGCGAAUCUGCACAACCUGCCGGAGAAUUACACGCUGAAACUUUGGAUGUACCACAUCAUCACAUGGCCGCAAAUCUCGUUCGUCGCAGAAGAUCCCAAAGGCAGGAUCGUGGGAUACGUGCUGGCGAAAAUAGACGACCCGGAGGACCGCGACGCGCUGAGCACGGCGCCGGAGGACGAGGCGCGGAUUCACGGGCACAUCAACUCCAUCUCCGUGCUGCGCUCUUAUCGCCGCCUCGGCCUCGCGAAAAAGCUCAUGCUUCUCUCGCAGGAGGCGAUGGUGACCGUUUACAAGGCCUCCUUCGUCUCGCUUCAUGUGCGGCACUCGAAUAAGGCUGCGAUCGGGCUGUACAAGAACGCACUGGGCUUUGAUGUGUCCAAGGUGGAAGUGGGAUACUACGCUGAUAAAGAAGACGCUUACUCGAUGGUGCUUAGGCUAGAUGCGUGAUACCGAUGCCAUCUUUUCGAAAAUUGAGCGGGGAAGCGGGGCAUGACAUCAGGUACAGACCCAGGCACAACUCCAAUCUCGAUCGGGAAGGGGUCAGAGACUUCGUGAUUGCACUGAUGGAAAAAGUUGUCCGUGGGGUGGAUCGAACACCCGGCUCUUCGGAUUGCGAAGCCACAACGAAGUGAUUUAGCCACUAAUCGACACAGACUUGCUCGAAUGGUCCAGGGGUAGGAUCCUGAUCUCCUGUUGACAUAUUACCUCAUCUGUCUCUGAAUCUCGACGAUUUCUCCACUUUCUUUAGCAAAGACGAAGUUGAAGUUGAGUCAUACGACUCACACCUUAAGCACCCGACUUCACCUUUUCCCAUCGCGGGUUCCCACCGGCCUGUCGUCUGGCAGAAGCAUCACCGCCACCGGCUGCUCCUGCUCCAGCUCCGGUGCAUACGAUUAUCUCAUGGACGGGGCACUGAGCCGGCAUCCACCCACCUGCAAAAUGCCAGUGUUCCAAGCUACUUGCGUCUUCCAGGCUUGGCCCUGGAAUGCGUCAAGCGGUAGUGGCGUCAACAUAAGAUCGCUACCCACGCAUCGCCUCUGCUAACAGGAUCCUGAUGCUUCCCGUCAAGGCAUCAUCCACUAUUUCAAUCCUCGCUCGCCCACUGCUCCCGCCAUCGACAACCCCUCCCCUUCCUCCCUACCCGAAGCUCAACUGGAACGCGCAUGGUGGAAAUGGACGCCGAUAAUCUCUCGGCCGGGACCGGUGGAACUAACCCUGAGAUGACAACGCGGCGGCUGAAUGGGAUGAGGAUCAUCGCGCUGCAGGAGGUGGACUCGGCGGACCUCAUGUCCUUUCACUUCAAGGUCUGCAUCGUCGCUGGCAUCGGGUUCUUCACCGACGCCUACGAUAUCUUCUCGAUCAACAUCGCCGCGACGAUGAUUGGAUACGUGUAUGGGACGGUGUCCGAUUCCAAGUGCCAUCCGACGCUCACCGACCGGCAGAGCUUCGGUCUCAAAAUCGCGACGCCCGUGGGGACGUUCUUCGGGCAGCUUCUGUUCGGAUGGCUCGCUGACGUGUUUGGACGGAGGAAGAUGUACGGUGUCGAACUCAUCAUCGUGAUCAUCGGGACGUUCGCCCAGGCGACAGCGGGCGGCGGCCAGGCUAUCAAUAUCCUCGCCAUGCUCAUCUUCUGGCGCUUCGUGGUCGGGAUCGGGAUCGGCGGGGAUUAUCCGCUCAGCGCCACCAUCGCGUCCGAGUUCGCCGCGACGCGGAUCAGAGGCCGGAUGAUGACCGCGGUGUUCGCUGCGCAGGGAUGGGGCACCCUAGCCGCAUCGAUCACCGCGACUGUCAUCACGACAGCCUUCAAGUCGCAGAUCGAAACGGACUACGCCGGCUGCACGUGCAGCACAGCCGCGCUGUGCGCCGCCGUGCGCUCCCCGAACCACAUCGACUACGCGUGGCGGCUGCUGAUCGGCCUGGGCUGUGUCCCCGCGGCGAUGGCGCUGUGGUUCCGCAUCACGAUCCCCGAGACACAGCGCUUCACGAUGGACGUGCAGCGGAACAUGGUCCGCGCGGCGGAGGACAUCCAGGGCGCGCUCCACGCCGGGCAGCGCUACAGGCAGGGCGAGGCCCACCUUGGCGAGGAGAUGACCGUCCGCGCGCGGGCCCCGCGCCGGGAGACGUUCAAGUUCUUUGGCAGGUGGGAGAACUUGAAGGUCCUCAUCGGCACGACGUGGUCCUGGUUCGCCAUUGACGUGUCGUACUACACCCUGGGGCUGAAUUCGACUGCCAUCCUCCAGGCGAUCAAGUUCCGUGCGUCUGACAGUAUCUAUGGGAACCUCCAUAAUCUGUGUGUCGGGAACAUCAUCCUCGGACUCGCGGGGCUGAUUCCCGGCUACUGGGCGUGCUUCCUCCUCAUCGACAAAUGGGGCCGGAAGCCGAUCCAGUUCAUGGGCUUCGGGAUCCUCGCGGUGAUAUUCAGUGUCAUGGGAUUCUCAUUCAACAGUCUCGUCCCCGACAGCCAGAGCUCCAACGGCCCCAAGACGAACUUCUUCUUCUUCCUGUUCUGCCUGGCCAACUUCUUCCAGAACUUCGGGCCGAACACGACGACGUUCGUGAUCCCAGGCGAGAUAUUCCCGACGCGCUACCGGUCGACGGGGCACGGCAUCUCCGCCGCAGGCGGGAAGCUCGGCGCGAUCGUCGCGCAGGGCAUGUUCAACGGACUCGUGCAUCCAGACAAGAGCGACCACUGGCUGGACCAUUCAUUCGAGAUCCUCGCGCUGUUCAUGAUCACGGGACUCGCGUCGACGUGGCUCGUGCCGGAGACCAUGGGCAAGUCGUUGGAGGUACUCUCGAAGGAAGACCAGGAGGACUUCAUGCAAGCGCCGGAACAUGGUGGCGAGGAGAUUGUGAAUGGCGUCGUCAUUGCGAUGCCGAAUCUGCGGCGCUGAGGGGGGGUUUCUACGGUGAUUUGUUUUCUCUGGUAAACUGUCUGUCUGGUUUCAUGACUGAUAAUGGGAGAGUGAUGCUGGCAGGCCAAUCAAUGCGAACAGUGCGUUGUUCCGGUGAUUCUAGAUGAGCAUUCAAUUACAGGGCACUAUAAAUACAGUCUAACUACGCGCAUCAAAUCUCUUUCUCGUCUACUUUCGUCGCGCGCGCUGGUGCCUCUAAAAGAUAUCCGGGAUGGAACACGUUCAGGGUGAUGAUAGCCAGGGUGAUCAUCGCCCCAUCGAGGACAUCUGCAAGCGGAUGAGUUCGCACAAAGAUCCCGAGAUCGAGCGGCGACGCACUGAAGUACACCUGCGUGUGAAUAAUGCGCCCUCCCCAUCCAUCUGCCAGCUCGAUGACCCGGUACACAGCCCGGAUGAACAGACACGUCGUGUUGAAGAUCAGAGCGCACAGCAGCACCUUCAUCCGCGGCGACAGCGCCUGGCGGGUAUCACCGCUCCCGGGUGUCGCCGUCCUGUUGUCGUCGUCUGCGUUGGCUUCCCUCGAUGCUGCGGCGCGCACGGGGCGGUUCGAGAGGUAUCGCAGGAUGAAUUCACCUGCGCACAGGACGUACGCAGUUAUCGUGACUGGGUCCGCGUGAGCAUAGCGCGCGAGAGGGUCAGCAGUCGGGGGUAUGCGGCGCACCCAUCUGGAAAGCGAUGCCCCCAAGCAUGAUGUUGCCUCCCUUCUUCGGAUCCUUGAACAUAUUCACCGCGGUCGCGGCCGCGCCUCCACCGAUCGCCUGGACAAUGAGGGACACGAUAUCCUGUACGGGCUGCUCGGCAACUGCUGCUGAUCACGGGAGACACGGAUCUGAUCUGACGCACGCAACAUAGGAACAACACAGUGUCUAGGCCAAUCGAUCAGUCAGCCAGAUGUGUACACCACCCGAAUCAGCGCCGGGACGCACACGCUGUGGGCGACAGCCGACUAUACUCCGGACCCAGCCGCCGGAUGACCAAACCGAGGAUGACGAAGUUGGCCGCUGCGAGCGGGGUCGGCUGGCGCGGGAGCACAAUGAGCCGGGAUCGCACGCGCGAAGAGAGCCGGGCCCACUCACGCCCAUGAUAGUGCAGACGAUCCUGCGUGAGCCACAGUGUUUGCUUAUUUCGGGGAAUGGGAAACAGGAUCGCGACGCACUGCAUCUCGUACGCCUUGAACGUGAGCGGGUUGAUCGCGGACCACAGGCGCCCCGCCCACCCCAGGAUCUCGAGCACGCCCGCGAAGCACGCCGUGCUGAGCAGGAACCACAUCCGGUACCGCGCCGCCUGGACGGCAUGCGCGACUGGCAGACACGACCCCGGAAUCAGCCGCCGCGCGUCACACAAACAGAGAGUGGGCUGCAGCACGCACGGGUCGAGAGCGAGAAGAGGACGACGAAGAUGAUGCAGACGUAUUCCGUGGGGGUGUACCCGUAGGCGGACUGCUCGACCACUGGGUGGGGUGUCGCUUUUCGCAUGGCUGUAAGAGGCUGGGUGGACGCGUGAGUAAUUAGAUGUAUGUUCUUAUGUAUAGCGUCAUUCAAUUAAAACGGAAAGUCGGAU